AUGGACUGUGACUCCCUCUCCCGCCCUCACUGCUCUCCCUCUCCAGGGAUCAGGCCCCGACUAUAUAACAGAGAGCCGAGCCCUCCUGAAAUUCCCUAAGUCAGGCUCACUUGAAAAGACUUAUAGGUUCCAGAUUCACUUCUUCUCACUUCUGGAAGUUGGCAGGGGUGCUUGAGACCUCCACAAAGUCUUGGAAAUCAAGAAGGCCACCAGGUUGAGGCUGAGCAACGUAGCCAAAGAGAAAGAAAGGACAAGAAAAGCAAAGAAUCUCCGUAGACUUACCAGCAAACACUGGAAAGAUGCAGAAGACAGGCUUCUUCACCCAAAAGAAAGCAGCAGCAGCACUGUGCAUUGUCCUAUUAAUGGUGGCUCAACAGGUGUGUGCAGGUCCUUUGGUUUCACAGGAUCAGUCCAGCUUCCUCCAGAGUGCAGAUCUAAGGGGGUCAGAUGUCGUCCACGCUCCGAGGAGGAUAGCCCGGAUGACCCCACUGUGGCGGAUCAUGAACAGUAAACCCUUCGGAGCAUACUGCCAAAACAACUAUGAAUGCUCCACGGGCCUCUGCAGGUAACUGUGCUGGCAAAAGUGCAAAAUAACCAGGCUGUGUAACAGAAGAAACCCAAAUGUUAAUGUAGAAAGAAAAAAGGAAAAGUGGAGAUUUUUGUUAAGUUCAAAAAAUCCACUGGGCUGGUAAAUCCUGCAAAGCGA